CAUGCGUGGUCACCGCUUCCGCGACGUACCUAGCCAUCUUUCCAGUCAAGCAAAAGUGAUUGUUUUCAGUCUUAGUCUUAUUUAACUGAACUUUUAUUAAUGUCAGAGCCACAGUCCGCGCUGUUAUUACGGAAACAAUUAGCAGAAUUAAAUAAAAACCCAGUAGAAGGGUUUUCUGCAGGCCUCAUAGACGACAAUGACAUAUAUCGGUGGGAAGUACUCAUUAUUGGACCUCCGGAUACAUUAUACGAAGGCGGUUUCUUCAAAGCACAUUUACAGUUUCCAAAAGAAUACCCACUUAGGCCACCAAGAAUGAAAUUUAUAACCGAAAUAUGGCAUCCAAAUAUCGACAAAAAUGGAGAUGUUUGUAUAUCUAUAUUACAUGAACCCGGUGAUGACAAAUGGGGAUACGAGAAAGCUUCCGAGCGGUGGUUACCAGUUCACACAGUCGAAACUAUUCUGAUAAGUGUUAUUAGCAUGCUUGCAGAUCCUAAUGAUGAAAGCCCUGCUAAUGUGGAUGCCGCCAAAGAGUGGAGAGAAAGUUACACGGAAUUUAAGCGAAAGGUGGCGAGGUGCGUGAGAAAGAGCCAAGAGGAGUGUUUGUAGGGGAUGAACAAAUAUUCAAAUGGAAAGACUUAUUUAAUUCUGGGAAGCCGUAAGCACUGUAAGAAAGAUACCGACGCUCAGCAUAAAGCUAACGGAUAACAGUGCCACUAAAAACGGAAAAAGCCUGACCUAUCCUUAUGCAGAGAGAGAAAGAGAGAGAGCAAGACAGAGUGUGUGUACGAGAGAAAAACUCAUGCCGCUCUAUCAUGUUUAUUAAAUCGCCGCCACCAACGUACGAUCCGAAUUCAUUGAGAUGGAGAAAAGAGAUACACACGCAAUUCACCUUUUACAUAAUAAACAGCUAAAAAAAAAUUAAUUUACACGUAUACAUAAAAAUAUCAUCUCUGUAUGAUUAUUACCUUAAUAUUAAUAGUUCUUAUAAAAACUUAACUCUCCCCUGCCCCUCCUAUGCUCAAGAAUGAUCCUGAGCCCCUUUGGAAGGAACCUUGUAAUUUAAAAUAUGUUUACGUUUAUCUCAAUAAUAAUUCCUUAGUGUGUCGUUUCGUAUUUUCUUACUUUCAUAAAUAUAUAUAUGUAUAAAUAAAUUUUUUUAUAAAACCGAAGACGGGACACAUGUAACAAUCUUGUAAAAUGUUUAUUGAGAAUGGACUACAUACAACACAUGGUAUGACAUUGCGGUGAGAAUAAUUAAAGCCGUGCGUACAUGCGGUAAAUGUAAAAUAUAUAUUAAAUUUUCAUCGAACCGUAAGUUGCCAAAAUAAUUAAUUCUA